UGUUUUUACAUUUUGUAAAGAUAAUUUUAACAAGUUUUUUCUAUGUAUGUUGGACUUCUUUCGCACCGUACGUAGCCAACCAUGCUAAUCGGAUGUGCGUAUAUAUAUAUAGAUAUAGAUGCCAUGUUUUUGUUUUGCUACGGCUGAUCCAUUGGUGAGCGGUGUUACGCGUCGUGUACACUGCGUCACACACGCGCGGGUUUUUGUCAGCCUGUCUCGUUAGUGUUAUUUAUUUAUUCAGCUCAGCCCCGGCUGAGCCAAGUGACAUCGGACAGAUCCGUGGCAGCGCACCCACAGAGACCCCUCUGCCUCGCUGGCAGGCGCUCCGCCUGCAAACAUGUCACCAGCGCGGCCUGAAGCUCGGCAAGGAGGCCAGACGACAGAACAGGAGGCAAACGAGGCAUUGUGAGGCUUACCGAGAGGAGUUAUCAACGGGGGAAUUUCGUGGCUCGGUCAGAGGCACCUGCGGCCGAGUCGGACACUCCGAGCGCCUCCGUUCAAGUCCCGCAGACUCAGACAAGCUUCGAGGCCCGUCGCUCGGUCGCCAAAAUGUCUUCCCCUGGCGCUCGAAGGCUUGCCAGCGACAGCUGCCCGCGGGCCUCCCUGCCGUGCGUGCUGCUGGCGAUGGCCGCCCUGUUGAUGACGGGCCGGUGCUGCCCGCCGCGCUGCGAAUGCGACGUCCUCGAGAAGUCGGUGGUAUGCCACCGGCGACGCCUCUCCGCCAUCCCCGAGGGCAUCCCGAGCGAGACGCGUGUCUUGGACCUGAGCAAGAACCGCCUCAAGUGCGUCGACACAGACGACUUUGCGGCCUUCCCCGAGCUCGAGGAACUGGAACUGAACGAGAACGUCAUCGCCACCGUCGAGCCCGGGGCGUUCAACAACCUCCCCUACCUGCAGUCGCUCAGGCUCAGGAGCAACCGCCUGCGGCUGCUGCAGAUAGGAACCUUCGACGGGCUCACCAACCUGACCCACCUGGACAUCAGCGAGAACAAGAUCGUCAUCCUCCUGGACUACGUCUUCCAGGACCUCGUCAGUCUGAGGAAGCUGGAGGUCGGCGACAACGACCUGGUGUACAUCUCGCACCAGGCCUUCAGCGGCCUGCAGAGCCUGGAGGAGCUGACGGUGGAGAAGUGCAACCUGACGGCCGUGCCCACCGAGGCCCUGACCCACCUGUCCAGCCUGCUCAUGCUGAGGCUGCGCUACCUCAACAUUGCCACGCUGCAGGACUACUCCUUCAGGAAGCUCUUCCAGCUGCAGAUGUUGGAAAUCGACAACUGGCCCAUGCUCGAGAAGCUCUCGAAAAACAGCCUCUACGGCCUCAAUGUGACGUCGCUCACCGUAACCAACACCAAUCUCUCGGCAGUGCCCAGCGACGCUCUUAGGCCACUGCAGUAUCUCCGAUUCCUCAACCUGUCCUACAAUCCUCUGGGCACGAUCAAGGCGGACGCCUUUGAGACGCUACGCCAUCUGAGGCACCUUUGCGUCGCCGAGGCUCAGCUCAGUAGCAUCGAUCCUUACGCCUUCCGGGGCCUAGCCGAGAUGAAGAUCGUCAACGUGUCGGGUAACAACCUGAUGACGUUGGAAGAGAAAGCGUUCCACUCCGUGGACGUUUUGGAUGCUCUGUACAUCAACGAGAACCCGCUCGUGUGUGACUGCCGUCUGCUGUGGCUGACGAAGCGGCUCUACAUGCUGCGCUUUGACGACAGCCCGCCCGUCUGCUACACCGCCGACUACUUGCAGGACAUCGAGUUCGGCAGUGUCGCGUCCAACAAAUUCCUCCCGUACUUCGUCUGCAAGAAGCCCAGGAUUGUCGGCCCCAAGCAGCGCACCUACUCCGUCAAGGAGGGCCAGAUCGUGAAGCUGUCCUGCACAGCCGAGGGUGACCCGGCGCCCCGUAAGAUCUGGGAGCUGCCGCAGAGGAGAGCGGCACCAGCGCCGACGAGGCGGAAUGGCCGCCUCAGCCUCCUGCCCGACGGCAGCCUCCAGAUCCGGCACGCGCAGCUGCACGAUGGCGGGCGGUACACGUGCGUCGCCAGCAACGUGGCGGGCAACGACAGCGCCACGGUUCACCUCCUGGUCGGCGGGUCGGGCCUGGGCUCGGGCAACGCGUCGCUGCUGGCGCACGCGGCGGCCGACAUGGCGGCGGGCAACGGGAGCGGCGGCGGCGCUGGGGGGGCGACGGGCGGCCGUGGCGGGUUGGGCUUCCCGCUGGACCUCACCACGAUCCUCGUGGCCACGGCCAUGGGCUGCUUCACCUUCCUGGGGGUCGUGCUCUUCUGCCUGCUCAUCCUCUUCCUGUGGAGCAGGGGCAAGGGCAAGCACAAGACCAACGUGGAGAUCGAGUACGUUCCGCCCCGCAAGCCCGACGAGUACAUGCUGGACGCCACCCGGCCGCGCCGCUACAACAUGAAGAUGAUUUGACACAGGGGUGAGGUGGGCCCACCCCCCCCCCCCGUGCCCAGAUCACUUGGUCCAUGAACUCCCUCUUUCUAUCUCACUAUCUACCGAUCUAUUGCUGAUUGGGCGAUUACAGCGCUCUGUUUGAUUUCUGGCAAGUGCGGAUAGGUUUCCUGAAUCGCGUCGUGCUCUUUGCGAAGGCGGGAUGUGUGAAAGAACUCAAGUGUCGAGGGGAAUAGGAGGUCAGUUAGCCAAGGGAGAUUUGGGCUGGCCGGCUUAGUGGCAAACCCCAAGGUAAUUGAAGGUGAACCAAAAAAACGAAGCAAUGACAAAUAUCAAAGAAGAUAACCUGAACUGUGUUAAGUUGUUUCCGCUGUCGUCUCUGCGACAGCUGUCAUCGCCGCAUCGGGCUCGCUCCCAUCCCCGUGCGUAUUCUCAAUGUGUUUUCAUCCCCUUUGACACGUGGACGGUUUUUCAAAAACUACUUCUCAAUGUUGUCCCCCUAUCUCACAAAUGUGCGCUUGGCACAAAUCAAACUCGCUCGUUUGGACAGCUCUGCGUUGUGCGUGCACGUAUCUACGUCGACUGCAUCUGGAGGUGCAGGAACAUGGCGAAGUACUCGAUAAAAGCACUUGCCCCGACAGUUUGUUAAGUCUAUAUGGGGGGGGGGGGAUCUUUGUCUGUUGCAUCGCUCAUUCCGAAUGAAAAAUUGAACGGCUCAUAAAACAGAGUUUAAUUGUUAUGGUCAGCUGUCUGUCAAAGUAGCAUGGGAAGCAUAUGCAUCAACUCAGUCAAUGGAUAUUUACAGCAUUCAUUUCAUACUGCAGAUAGUUUCAACCACAGCGGUGGUAUAGUGGGCAGUGUACUGAGCUUGGAACCCCGAAAACCAAUGUUUGAUUCCGAGCGGCAGCCAAGAUCAGUUGUAUGGGAUAUCAGAACGGGUCCUGCCUCUUCUCCCCUUCACCAUCCCCGGAUUGAGCAGAUUGGUGAAGUAUGGUAAGAUAAAACUGCCACACAUGGUAUGGGGAGGCUUUCAUAAAUUGGCAGAUUGCCAAUGCUGGGAAUGUUUUAAAUGUAUUUGAUGUUUCACGCAAUAGAAACAAUAUUCUAAGUGUUGGAGUACUACAAGGGUUUUCCUAUUCACUUUUGCUAUUCGAAUAAGUGCCAUUUAUUCAAAUAAAAGUAAUAUUGGGAAAAUGGAAAGGGAGGGAGUGAAAAGAGUUGCAUGCAUCCUUUCACAAUUCUUGUUCGACCUGUGAAAUGAAGAGAGAUGCGUGUGCCCUGCAUCGUCCGUCGAAUGCAUUUGGGGAACAGUUUCUUUGUUAAUGUUUCCAUUGAAAUGGAAACUGCAUGUCAAGGACUACAUCCAGUUAUAGGCGGUUCGGACACGACUGCUAAAUGCAACGCUUUGAACCGCAUUUGCGCGGUGCUUCUGCCCAGCGAUAUCCCGUGCAUUGGCAACUGCGAGGCUCUCUACUCGUACGAAUGUAUUUUGCUUCAAAUAAGCGGAGCUAUUUCUCGUGCCUCGUAUUGGAAAAAAAGGCAGUGAAUGAAAGGCAAAGAUAUAUUAUAUUAAACAUUUUCUUUUGAACUCACUCAAUAUUAAUAAUAUUAAUAAUACAAACAGUUUCCUAUAGUAGUAAAAGUUAAGUAACCUUUAUGAGCCUGACGGGAAACUAUCGAUUAUUGGAAGCUGAGAUGAGUCAGAGAACGUAAGCAUAUUGAGUGCAGUAAAUACUUUGGUUGAAGGCACACAGGAAAUCUAGGGUCGAAUACUUUAUCCAGGAAGUCGUGAUUAAGGCUCGAUUCAUGAGGGUGUUGAAAUAAAGACAAGAAGUGAUUUAAUAAAUGUAAUUAAAAAAUUUUCUUCCACUUAUCGUCAUCUGUUUCGGCGCAGGCUAAUAUGUCCUCGAUCAUAAUUGAUCAUUUCACUGCGUCGUGCUGCUUUUUAGGGCGAGUGUAUCAAUUUAUUCGAUGAAAAGUGCUGCCAGCAUGACAUGUGGCCCGAGUGAGUGCUAGAUACGACCAUCACAAUGACACACAAAAACAAACCCCAAAUGACAAAACAUAGUCGAGUGUGUGAAGGCACAGCCCAGCAAUUGCUUGCUCACACCACUGUCGGUGGCAAGGCCUCCACUUCAAAGCGGGACCCUUUAGAAGGUAAUUGGCCUACUCCUCCACGCUGGCCAGACCAUCUUGGAUAGAGGUGAGAGUGCCCUCACUUUACCCCACCACACGAGGCCCGUGAACCCGUUUGUACCGUUGGGUGGACAGACGUUUCGCCGUUGGACAUUUAAUAAACCUGCACCGUUUCAACUGCCGCGCCGGAGGAUCGGAUCUACAAUCUCCGGAUCGUAGCUCUAUUGUGCUAAAUCUUACACCCGCGGCAGCAACCUCACUCGACUGGGUUAAUAAUGAAGGCCCCAAUGUUCCUCUGAGUGGCCACUUUAUGUUAAUGACUGCAUCAUUUCAGCUCAGUGAAUUUAUGGAAGAAAUGAAACAUAGAAGAAGAACAAGAAGAAUAAAUAAGAAUUGUUUGUUCUACAAUACCAACAACGAUAAUUGUUUUUUUACCCUUCUAUCUGGCAACAAUU